CAACGACGCUGCUGCGUAACAUCCGGCUUAAACAUGGCUGCGCCCUGACGAAUGUCACACUCUCUUGUGAGAAAGAAAACAUUUUGGUAAUAUUUGCAGGUCGAUCAACAGUGGAGCGAAACAUCGAAAGGAGAAGGCUGUGACUAUCAUCUGUGCGUCAUUCUCCGUCCUGAGAGGGUGUUUCAUCAUGGUGCAUUUAUCGUCCCUCCUUUUGAAGAACUACCACGCCGGCUACGUCGUCAUCCGGCUCGCCCUCGCAGGCCACAAACAAGCCAACCGACCCUUUUAUCGCAUCGUGGCGGCUUACAACAAGAGGUCAAGGGAUGGUAAAUACAUCGAGCAGCUGGGCAGCUUCGACCCGCUCCCUAACAUCUACAACGAGAAACUUGUUAGUUUCAACUUCGACCGGAUCAAGUACUGGAUCGGCUGCGGUGCUCACACUUCCAAACCGGUGGCCAAACUUCUAGGGUUGUCUGGGUUUUUCCCCCUCCAUCCCAUGACGGUAACGGAGGCAGAGCGUCGAAGAGCUCAGGCGAAGCUGGCAGAAACUGCCACAGGAACAGAGGAGGAGAAACAGGCUGACGUGUGAUUGGAUCAAAGGGAAGCUGCUGUUUGAAAGAAAACUUAUAAAAACACAUUUUUCUCUUUCUUGGUGGACUGCUCAAAACAACUGAUCUAAUGUCUUGAUGAACAAACUUCUUCAAAAAUGUGAACAACUCAUAAUGUUGGGGGGAAAAAAUCAACAGCUCUGAGUUGAUCGUAGAUUGACAAAGGCUGUAUCUUUUGGUUAUUUUUUUUAUUAUUAAAAAAUGUGUCAUAACUGCAAGGCUAUACAUGUUUUUAUUAAAAACUUUUUGCCCCUUUUGAAAUUCACUCAAAAUCCCUUUGUCUCAUAUUAUGUCUUUUGGUUUAUAUAUUGGAGCCAUGUCAACGAAGUAAAGUUGCAAGGAGUUUGUGUUUGUAGAUGGGGUUGAUGGCAAACACACAAAAUCCUUUUAAGGAUCACUAAAUAUUUUUAAGAAUAAAAACUCCUCCCUUCACUAUUUUUCUGAGAGUCGAGACAACAUUAAACUAGAUUGAGAUCACGGACAGAAGUGGCUGCUGAAGUCAGUUUACAGUCACAGUAAAAUGUUGAUUCACCUGCUAUGAACUUUAAAUGUUUACACAAAAGGUUUAACUUAAAUUGCUUCUGGCAAAGACUAAAUAAAUGAGUAGAAGGUAAAUUUUGCCUUCUACUGAGCAGAAACCUAAUUCAUUACAAUGUAUUUAUUUAAAAAUUAAGAACAAAGCCAAAACUUGGAAACGUAAAGAAAAUUGAACUCUGCAUGCUUUUAUAGCUUGUAGAGCUAAUUCAAAUAAGACAGUUUUAACUGGGUGUUUUCUUUUUUAGUUCAUUGGUAUUCUCUGAAUAAAGUAAUAUCUCAUUAUUGCAAUGCUGAAGAUUUUAGCUUGUAAAGUGAAAGAGUAGAGUGAAGAAGUAGGGCCUCCAUAUAGUUAUCCAUAUUUAUGUGAGCAGGGAUAAGACAUUAAACAAUGUUGCAUUAAAAAAAUAAACCCAUAACUUUCCUGAAGGUCCUCUAGAGAAAAACAAAAUCAGUUUCUGGUUAUACAAAGAAACAUCUGGAGCGAACAGUAGGGUAAGACUUAAAUGCCAUCAGUAAGAUUGUGCUUGUGUUUUGCUUUAGGUGAGCCUUGCUUUCAUCCUUUUCUUUCAUAAGAAGUUAUAGUUAUAGGAAAAGCUAAAAUUAGG